AUGAUGGCGUCGUUCGUGCCGGAUGUUGCCACCAAUUGGGAGCCAUUGAUGAUGGCACACGAUGGUCACCGUGUCGCAUGGUGGGUUUGUCAUGUUAUUGGUUUGCACUGGGUAUCCACCACAUGUGUCAUGUGCACUGCAUGUGGCGGCCCAACGACGUAUUUGGUGUCGUAUUGGACGCCAUUGUCAUGGAAAGAAGGAAACAAAGAAAAUCGCCCCGAAAGUAGUUUGCAAGCUGUCAGGCAAAAUCUUAAGGUAAUUCGCAAGCUCACGGCUGAGAACGAGGAGCGGGCCAAUUCGGGAGGCAACUGUUGGUUGAAGAUGUCGUCCUGUGCACUUCUGCAAUUUGGCCGCAAGAUGGCCAGCAGUUACAGACCAUUUCUGCGUUCAUGA